UUUCUUUUUGCCCUAGGUUUCUCUCAUACAAGCUUCUUCUUCUCUCUGCCUUCCCUCUAAUGGCCUCCUCUUGAAACUGUCUUCAUCGACCGUCUAAGAGAGAGGCUUUAGAGAGAGGAGAGAAGGAAGAACUUGAUUCUUCAAUCGGAUAUAUAUCUUUUUAUAUCUUUCUUUUGUUAUUUAUCUACUUUUGUUAGAUCAUAUCUCUUUUCAAGGAACAAAAAAUGGCAACUGCUGAUAUCUCUUGGGACGAAAUCAAGAAUGAGAACGUGGAUCUUGAGCGGAUCCCAGUGGAAGAAGUGUUUACGCAGCUAAAAUGCACAAAAGAAGGUUUGUCAAGUGAUGAAGGUAGGAAGAGGCUUGAGAUAUUCGGGGCAAACAAGCUUGAGGAGAAAUCAGAAAACAAGGUUUUAAAAUUCUUGGGGUUUAUGUGGAAUCCUCUCUCAUGGGUUAUGGAGUCUGCUGCAAUUAUGGCCAUUGUUUUAGCCAACGGUGGAGGAAAGCCGCCGGACUGGCAAGAUUUCAUCGGUAUUAUGGUGUUACUUGUUAUCAAUUCCACCAUUAGUUUCAUCGAAGAGAACAAUGCCGGCAAUGCUGCUUCAGCUCUCAUGGCUAAUCUUGCACCCAAAACUAAGGUGUUGAGAGAUGGAAAAUGGGGAGAGCAAGAGGCUUCGAUCCUAGUUCCAGGUGAUUUAAUAAGCGUCAAAUUGGGUGACAUUGUCCCUGCUGAUGCUCGUCUCCUCGAAGGAGAUCCUCUGAAAAUCGACCAGUCCGCUCUCACCGGUGAAUCUCUUCCAGUCACCAAAAACCCUGGGGAUGAAGUGUUCUCGGGUUCAACUUGCAAACAAGGUGAGAUUGAGGCCGUUGUGAUCGCCACUGGUGUCCACACUUUCUUUGGUAAGGCUGCCCAUCUUGUCGACAGUACCAACAACGUUGGCCACUUCCAAAAGGUUUUGACAGCGAUUGGUAACUUCUGUAUUUGCUCAAUUGGAAUCGGGAUGUUGAUUGAGAUCUUAAUAAUGUACCCUAUUCAACACCGCACGUAUAGAGACGGUAUCGACAAUCUUUUGGUGCUUCUGAUUGGAGGGAUCCCAAUCGCCAUGCCAACAGUUUUGUCGGUGACAAUGGCUAUUGGAUCACAUAGACUCUCUCAACAAGGUGCCAUCACCAAGAGGAUGACUGCCAUUGAAGAAAUGGCUGGAAUGGAUGUUCUCUGCAGUGAUAAGACAGGGACUCUCACUCUUAACAAGCUCUCGGUCGACAAGUCACUGAUCGAGGUGUUCCCAACGAACAUGGAUGCCGAUGCAGUUGUAUUGAUGGCUGCAAGAGCGUCCAGAAUCGAAAACCAAGACGCCAUUGAUGCAUCCAUUGUCGGCAUGUUGGGUGAUCCAAAAGAGGCGAGAGAAGGAAUCAAAGAGGUGCAUUUCUUGCCCUUUAACCCUGUAGAUAAACGUACAGCCAUUACAUACAUUGAUGAAAGUGGAGAAUGGCAUCGGAGCAGCAAAGGAGCUCCUGAGCAAAUCAUUGAACUAUGCAAUCUCCAAGGAGAGGCUAGAAACAAAGCUCACAAAGUGAUUGAUGGUUUUGCUGAACGUGGGCUUCGUUCUCUUGGAGUUGCUCAACAAACUGUACCUGAAAAGAGCAAGGAAAGCGAUGGUGGUCCAUGGGAGUUUGUUGGUCUAUUGCCACUGUUUGAUCCCCCAAGACAUGAUAGUGCAGAAACUAUCAGACGAGCCCUUGAGCUUGGUGUCAACGUUAAAAUGAUUACCGGUGACCAACUUGCCAUUGGAAUAGAGACUGGCCGUAGGCUUGGCAUGGGAACAAACAUGUAUCCAUCCACUUCACUCCUUGGAAAUUCAAAGGAUCCAUCAUUAGUUGGGAUCCCUGUCGAUGAGCUCAUUGAGAAAGCUGAUGGAUUUGCUGGAGUCUUCCCUGAGCACAAGUAUGAGAUUGUAAAGAAGCUUCAAGAGAGGAAGCACAUCUGUGGGAUGACUGGAGAUGGUGUAAACGACGCUCCAGCUUUGAAGAAAGCAGAUAUUGGAAUCGCUGUGGCUGAUGCAACUGAUGCGGCUAGAAGCGCCUCUGACAUUGUGCUAACGGAACCUGGACUAAGCGUGAUAGUGAGUGCCGUGCUUACAAGUCGUGCAAUCUUCCAGAGGAUGAAGAACUACACGAUCUAUGCUGUCUCCAUCACUAUUCGUAUUGUUUUGGGAUUCAUGCUUGUGGCUUUGAUAUGGCGAUUCGAUUUUGCACCUUUCAUGGUUUUGAUUAUCGCUAUCCUUAAUGAUGGAACCAUCAUGACUAUCUCCAAGGACAGAGUUAAACCUUCUCCUGUGCCUGAUUCAUGGAAGCUCAAUGAGAUUUUUGCUACGGGUGUUGUGCUAGGAACUUACAUGGCUCUUACCACAGUUCUGUUUUUCUGGCUAGCUCAUGAUACUGAUUUCUUCAGUAAAACAUUUGGUGUAAGGUCCAUUCAAGGGAAUGAGGAAGAGCUUAUGGCAGCUCUGUACCUUCAAGUGAGCAUCAUAAGCCAAGCACUUAUCUUUGUCACCAGAUCAAGGAGUUGGUCGUUUGUCGAACGUCCUGGGUUUUUGCUCCUUAUAGCCUUUGUUAUAGCACAACUGGUUGCUACGUUGAUCGCUGUGUAUGCAAACUGGGGAUUUGCAAGGAUCCUAGGUUGUGGAUGGGGAUGGGCUGGAGUCAUAUGGUUAUACAGUAUCGUUACCUACAUUCCUCUUGACAUUCUCAAGUUCACUAUCCGUUACGCUCUCACUGGCAAGGCUUGGGAUAAUAUGAUCCAACAAAAAACCGCCUUUACAACAAAGAAAGAUUAUGGCAGAGGAGAGAGGGAAGCUCAAUGGGCAUCAGCUCAGCGCACACUCCAUGGCCUACCACCACCUGAAGCAAUGUUCCAUGACAAGAACCAUGAGCUCUCUGAAAUAGCAGAGCAGGCGAAGAGGCGUGCCGAAGUGGCUAGGCUGCGAGAGCUUCACACUCUAAAGGGCCACGUUGAAUCUGUAGUAAAGCUGAAGGGGCUUGACAUUGAUACCAUUCAACAACACUACACUGUCUAGACAUAUCUUGUGUUCUACUUUCCAUGAGUUCAAAUCAACAAAGUGAGCUAUGUACUCCACAUGUAUUGUUCUUAAACUAUAUGUAACAAAAAGAGAGAAAAAGAGAGAAACAAAAGAGAUAAAAUAUGUUUUUCCGUUUGUUGAAAUAUAAUAAAAUAAAACCUGGUUACUUUAAAAUA